AUGAUGAAUCGCUACACUACCCUGAGGCAGCUGGGUGAUGGCACCUAUGGCAGUGUGGUGAUGGGGAGAAGCAACGAGUCCGGAGAACUGGUGGCUAUCAAGAGGAUGAAGAGGAAGUUUUAUUCAUGGGAGGAAUGCAUGAACCUAAGAGAAGUAAAGUCACUGAAGAAGCUGAACCAUGCAAAUGUUGUGAAACUGAAGGAGGUCAUCAGAGAGAACGAUCACCUCUACUUUGUGUUCGAGUACAUGAAGGAGAACCUCUACCAGCUUAUGAAGGACAGAGAGAAUAAGAUGUUCUCAGAGAAUGAAAUUAGGAACAUGAUGUUUCAAGUGCUGUCUGGGCUGGUAUUUGUACAUAAGCAUGGCUUCUUCCAUCGAGACAUGAAGCCGGAGAAUCUGCUGUGCAUGGGUCCAGAACUGAUCAAAAUAGCAGAUUUUGGUCUGGCCAGAGAGAUCCGCUCCAAACCUCCCUACACAGACUACGUAUCAACCAGAUGGUAUCGUGCUCCAGAGGUCCUGCUCAGGUCGUCUACCUACAGCUCUCCUAUUGACAUGUGGGCUGUGGGCUGCAUCAUGGCUGAACUCUACACACUCAGGCCUCUUUUCCCUGGGAACAGUGAAGUGGAUGAGAUCUUCAAGAUCUGCCAAGUCCUGGGCACCGUCAAAAAGAUGGAUUGGCCUGAGGGCUACCAACUAGCUUCUGCGAUGAACUUCCGCUUCCCCCAGUGUGUGCCCACCCACCUGAAGACCCUGAUACCCAACGCCAGCAAUGAGGCCAUCGCCCUGAUGAGGGACAUGAUGCAGUGGGACCCCAAAAAGAGACCCACUGCCGUGCAGGCCCUGCGUUACCCGUACUUCCAGGUAGGCCAAGUGUUGGGGCCUCGUCCUCAAAGCCAGGACGUCAAAAAAGUCCAAGCCAGGCCACCAGCCCAGAAGCAGACCUCCGAGACCAAGAAUGAUAACCAGCAGUCUUCAUCCGAGUCCAAAGGCUCAACCCCCUCAAUUAAAAAUCAUCAUCAUCAGCAGCAGCAGAAGCAGCAGCACCAUCAUCAUCAUCAGCCUCUUCAGCAGAUCCCCCUUCCUCAAGCCGAGAGUAAACCAGGAGCUGUCCGCCAUGCAAAAGCAUCCCAGGGCAGUGAAAACAGUGCCGGGGGUGGCGGGAUGGGGGGGCUGAGGAACAGUCGCCGGCGCUGGGGCCAGACUGGGGCCAAGACCUUGGAUAGCUGGGAGGAAACAGACCAGUUAGAAAACACAGCCUCUAACUCCAAGAAACCGAGCCUGGGAAACGCAGAGGAGGAGAGGAGCUCUAAGGAGCACCACUCACAGCCCAAGGAGCAGAAACCUCUGUAUUCCUUCAGCACAGUCACUAAGCUGCCCAACAAUGUGAAGGUUGGUCAGGUGGACAACAGUCUUCCAGGAUCCGCAGCACGGCAGCACUACCUCAGCCAGUCACGUUACCUGCCUGGUUUGAUUGGCAAAAAUCAGACGACCUCCUCGGGCGAUAAGGAGAUGAGCGCCAUGACGCUGCGGGAUCUGUGGGAGACGUCCUCUAGCAAUGUGAACAAACCACUUGCUCCCGUUGGAGGAGGAUUAUCCGUCACCAGAACCAAUGCAGAAGAGAGUUCCUCUAAGUCUGUGGAUAGCCCACAAGAGAAAACGGUUGUUAAAGAAAGAAUACUGGAGAAAAUUGAUCUCUCCAAAGGGAACUUUGUAAGCACCAAGUACAACCUCUCAGGCGGUUACAUGCCUUCAUUCCAAAAGAAAGAGGUGGGCUCAGUGGGGCAGAGAAUCCAACUUGCUCCUUUGGCUGGGCAGCACGCAAUCAAUCUCUCUUCCUCUCCUGAUAACAAAAAAGACAAAGCUAUAGCUACAAAGCCCAAGCCCACAUCCAACUCAUCUUUGAGUGAAAGCAAUGAAGAUUACGACGGAUGGAAGAGGAGGACGGACGGGCCUCAGGCGAAGGGGAGCAGCUACUCAGCUCUGGGGAAAACCUCUGGGAGCCUCCUGACCAGAGCCCCUGCAGUACAGCCCGUCCACGGGAGAAUGGACUGGACAUCCAAGUAUGGCGGAAAUCGGUAG